AAGACAGUAAUCACACCUCUACCAGAGACAAUUUUUCAACCUUAUACACAAUACGGUGGCCGUUCUACAUUACAAAUUCGGUUGAUAAAACCAAAUGACAUUUCAGAUCUCAGAGUUAUAAGGCAGUUGUUUAAUAGUUACUCAUUUACAAUGGAGGUCCUUGGUAAGGAUACUGUUUUGAAUUUAGCAGAAAAAGUCACAAAGACAAAGCAGUGGAAAGCAAAACUUAAUGAAGGAAGUAAGGUCAACACAAGAGGAAAACAUUGGAAAGAAAAUACAGCAAAGGAAGCCGCAAGGAAAUUGAAACCAGAGGUGAAAAUGAAACAUAUUUUCGUGUUAAUUAUUCCAGCAAAAAUGAAGCCUUUUUCUAUCAAAUAGUGUCGAAUCCUUUCAAUUUUUAAAUAGAUAGUUUAACUUCCUUCGCAAACGAACAAAUCAUCCCAAAUGCGACUGGCAGUUUAGACAGGUAUCGUGCUCGUACGAAAUUUGAUGAAGUGCACGGUUUGUUUGUGUUUGAUGACUAUGCUCGCGUUUUUAAGUCAAACUAAAUUGAUAACUAUGGGAAAACUUAAAUAUUUGUCACCUUCACGAUCGAGGUCUCUUUUACUCUUGCUAAGCCCAAAACACGUAUUAACUUUAUUUAUAAAAGUUCUACCUUGAGACAGUAUUUCCGCACGAGAGAUUAAGAAACGACGAUGCGAAUGAAGAUUGUAAAUUUUAGGCCCGGUGGUUUUCAAGUGAAAGAUGUUGUUAUUUAGUGAAUGGCACAAGCACACUCGGAGAGAAAGAACUCUAUCCGAGUGCUCCUAAGAGGAGUCAAAUGCACAACCUCCCGAUUGUACUUCGGGUGCUCUACCACUGAACGAAAGUAGACUCGUGACAGGCCAGUUAUGGGCCGUUUAACUAAGACCAUGGUGUCAAACUUCCUUCCUACUGCCAGGAUAGUUUCGAUAUGUAAUACCUCUGCGUAAUUAAGAUGUAGGUAAAUGAAGAUGGUACAUUUUAAUUCUGGUGAUUUUCAAGUAAAAGACGAUAUUAAUCAAGAUUUAGGUUCCCGUGCGAUAUUUGGUUUGUCUCAAUUUUCCAAGUUCAAUUAGUUUCAAUCCGUGUUCAUCUGCAACCAUCCUCACUUCUUUUUCUGUGAAUUUCUGCUUAAGACGUAAAAAGGAAAUUAUAUUAAUUAUCAGUGUAUGUAUGUAUUAUCAGUAGCCCCGUAAUGGGCUCCUGGUAUUAUUUUCACCUGACAUAAUACAUGCAGUCGAGAUACUGCGGUUUAUAUUCUCUUUAUGCAGUUCUGCUUCACUUCGGCCUCGUUUACCUCAGGUAUUUUAUGUAGUUCUAUGUAAAUGCUUAUCUUAGAUAUGCAUGUCGUUUUAUUUCAGUGGAAAGAGCUUAUCAAGGUUCCCACGCAUUUAACCACACAAGAACCAGGCCGUGAGGACAAUGUGGUGUCUAAGGUGUUGACUCUGUUCCAACAAGCGACAUCUAUCUGUAGUUUAGAGGCAGAGCUGAUUUUUAAGGAUUAUUCAGUGACCGUGAGAACAUCUGGUGGACAUGUGCAAUUCGCUCGAUGCCGCCUCAUUCUAGACACGGAGAAAGGUAAAAUUAAGUUCAAAGUCCACAAGUCGGCCGCUCUUGCCCUGGUGGUACCUGGUGCCGUGACCAAAGCCGUGUUUGCCUUGAACACCGCCCUUAGUUGUCUUCCUCUUCAGACCAAGUCGUCAAUUGUCAAAGCGUUCGAUGCCAUCUUCAAAGUGCUCACAGCCGGGAGCUCCAUAGAUGACGUUACGACUCAGGAUGACGUCAGCAACGACGAAAUGUUCGAAGACGACGUCAUCGAUCCGGAAAAAGCUCCGAAUGAGGCAGCCCUCAGUGCCCCUUGUAAGUUGUUUUCUGCGAUCUUAAAAGUGGAUGUUGAGAUAAUAUGCCCAAGAAAUGUGGUCGUGGAGUUCAAGAAAAGAGAGAUCUUAGCUGCCUUGAGGAGACAGAGAGUGGUUCUGGAUGCGAAUCAAAGUCUGCAGAUCAUCAAAGAACCCCGCGUAAUUUUAAGAGGGAAACAAGUCCAGGCAGCAAUGACAGCUCUAGCCUUAUGGGUUUCGUCUUGUUCGCAAUUUAACGCUUGGCAAAAUACUUUUGAAGUUGUGAAAUGCUUGCAGAAAGCCCGCCCUUAA